UCUGCUUUAGAGCUGUGGAGAGACUCUUCCUACAGUCCUAUAGUCCUGUAGUCCUGUAGUCCUGCUCUGCUUCAGACUCCUUCUCCUCAACCCGUCUCCUCACACUUACUACUGAGGUAAAAUGGUGAAGCGCGUCGCUCUCAUCCUCGCUGGCUGUGGAGUCUACGAUGGGACUGAGAUCCACGAGGCUUCGGCCAUCCUGGUCCACCUUAGCCGAGCUGGAGCCAAGGUCCAGAUGUUCGCCCCCAAUGUUGAGAUGAUGCACGUGGUGAAUCACUGUGAGGGAAAACCGUCGACUGAAAAGCGUAACGUGAUGCACGAGAGCGCUCGUAUCGCUCGCGGAGACGUUUCUGACCUGGCCAAGCUGAACGUAGCCGACUUCGACGUGCUCAUCAUUCCAGGAGGGUUUGGAGCAGCUAAGAACCUCAGUGACUGGGCCACCAAGGGGAAGGAGUACUCAGUGAAGCCUCAGGUGGAGAAGAUCAUCAAGAGCUUCCACCAGGCCGGGAAACCCAUCGCCAUGUGCUGCAUCGCUCCGGUGCUCGCAGCCAAGGCCAUCCCAGGCUGUGAGAUCACUGUGGGCCACGACUGCGAGUGUGAGAAGUGGCCGAACGCUGCAGUAGCGAAGUCCAUGGAGGAGCUGGGCUGUAAGCAUGUGAAUAAAAACGUGGAGGAAGUUCACGUGGAUAAAAAGAACAAACUGGUCACGACCAGCGCCUUCAUGUGCAACGCUCAGCUACAUGAGAUCCACGAUGGGCUCGGGGUCAUGGUCACAGAAGUUCUGAAACUGGCUUGAUUUGAGCUUUAAUCUUUGAUCUUUGAUCUUUGUAUUGAUGUUCAGGUAUAAUUUUUGAUGUGUCCAAUAAUUACAUAUUGUCUUUUUUUGUUCUAAUUGUUAAGAUGGUAUUUAUUUGUGUUUUUUAGACACUUCAUCAUAAAAUCCAUCAUGUUAUUCUCACAUUUGACCACCUACUGUAUGAAUUUGUGUGAAUUUGUGUGUGUCUUUUGUGAUAAAUCUUCUCAAUAAAAUGACAUUUCUAUCAUCA